AUGGGAAGCCUGGCAGACCCAUGCAACAUGAAGGAAGGCAAAGGGAGACAUGCGGAGACACAAGCCACCGAACGCCUGGCAGACCCGUCUAGCAUGAAGGGCGACAAUGUGAGACGAGGGGAGACAAAAACCAGCGAAGACCCGGAAGACCUAUCCAAUGUGAAGGGAAGUUUAAACUCUUUGACGGCCGCCUCGAUUACCAGCCAGCUCAUCAUGUCGAUCCAAGCCCUGUCUUCAAUCAGGGAACUUUCAAUCCAAUGGCAGGAGCCCGUGAAGACUGCGCUGGACUUGACCAAGGUCAUGACCUUCGACGUGCGCAUCCUAAGGAUCACGUGCAUCUAUGGAACUGACAGUCCCUUGCUUCACUUCGCAAGUCAGCUACUUGCAUGUCCGGCCGCUUGCACCUUCCUGUUGCUGGCAUGGCUGUUGUCAAAGAUGGCCGGGCGUCCAAGAUCCUUCAAUGCUGUCGUGCACAAGUGCGGCGUCUUAGUUUUUGCAUUCUUCUUGUCAAUCACCCGCAGCACCCUGAUUCCUUUCCAGUGCAGCCCAAGCCCAAACGGAAGCACUUCAAUGGUUACGGAUCCUGGUAUCAUCUGCUACGAGUCCAACGAGCACACGGCCCUCAUUGUGCUUGCUGUGGCAGGCAUCCUGACACAGUCUGCGGCCUUCUUGGCAUGGGCCACCUUCAUCACCAUGAUGUACCCCUCGCAUGUGGCCAGCGGCAGAGGCAUUGUCUUCGCAAACAGGUACCGCUUCUUCUUCAACAGGUUCAAGCCGGAGAAGUACUACUAUGGCGUCCUGGCCCGCAGUCUGGUGCUUGUGUAUCGCAGUGCCUUCGUGGCUCUUCUACCCAUCGUACUUGUCGGCCUACCAGAGCUUCAGGUACCCGUCAUGGGCGGAAUUCUGCUUCUUGUCAAUGACUUACAGGCUCACAUGUGGCCAUGGCGCACGUCGAGUGCCAAUCUCGUCGACCUGAUUUUGACGGCCUUCCUCGUGUUGGUGCUCCUAGGAGCCGGCCCACUGCUGGUGCUGGAUUCCGAGCAGUCUGUCUCAGUCCUGGGCUGGUUGCUUUGCAUUCCCGUCUUUGGCACCUUGAUUGUGGCCGUCGUGGGCUUGGCGAGGGCGGUCGUGAAGGAUCUUCUCCAGCGCCAAAAGCGGCUCUUUGGAGUGUACCUCUGCCACCACAAAGGGGGCUCCGGCAGCCUGUGCCGACUGAUCAAGAUUCUGAUUGCCAAGCACAGCUCCACCCGAGUGUUCCUGGACUCCGACAACUUGGAGAAUCUCGACUAUCUUUUCGACAUCGUGCGGACGUCCACGAGCAGUGUCGUGGUUGUGAUGACGCCCGAGUUGCCGAAGAGAAUCUGGUGUGCCGGUGAGAUUGUCACAGCAUGGAAGAACAGGAUCACUACCGUGCCCUUGAUCUGCGAGGGCUUUGAGCCUCUAUCAGAUGAGUCGCAGAAGCUGAUUCCAACCCUUUGGACGCCCCAGGAGAAGCAGAAUCUAGCCAACCUCGGUGUGCAGGUGAAGGACGUGAGUGCCGCCUAUGUGUGGCUCCAGCACGAGCUGACUCCCGUCAAGAUGCCCCGAUUUGGGCAGGUGCGGUGCACAAACUGCUCUGAUUGCUUUAACAAGUGCUCGCACACGCCAUGCUGA